AUGAUACAAUGUCUAGCAUUACAUGAUGUUUAUUCACAACCUCAACAGUCAUCCCGACAAAGAAGAGAAGAAAUAUUAAACGAGAGACGAGCUUAUGAUGCCACGCAUGGUUACUCAGAUAUUGAAGGUGAUGAUAUGCCAAAACCUCAUGUACCUGAACCUGAAGAAAAUGAAGAAGUGUAUCGUGUUAACCUGGAUGAUGAUAUACACAUAGACUUCAAUGAUACAUUACGUGCCUCCACUGGGAGAAGUGAGGAACGUAGUAGACGUGGGAACAAUUCACAAUCUAGUGGUAGACGUGGGAGUAGUUCACACUCUACUGUUAAACGUGGAAGUGGUUCAAACCGAUCUACCGCAAAUCUUAGAAGACAUUCAUUUGAAACAACCAUUCAAGACACUUUUACUGGCUUUCAAGAGUUCCAACGACAAAGUUUGCAACAACUUCGUCUAGGUGGUUUUGAGCAAGAUGACUACGAUAAAUUCAAAAAAGCUGAAGCUAUAUUCUGUGCCCUUAACCUUCCGAAGAACACCCCAUUCUAUUGGACAUGCCUUAAUACACUGAAAGAGAUGGUAUUUUGGCGUAAGUAUUUUAUAGAUAUAGGUUGA